AUGGCCACGUCAAAUUCACAGCAUGAGGGCCACGUCGUUUUGUUCCCCUUCAUGUCCAAAGGCCACACAAUUCCACUCCUCCACGUCUCUGGCCUUUUCCUCGCUCGCGGCCUCCGCGUCACCAUCAUCACCACCCCCGCCAACGGCCCCUUCAUCGACCAAUCCCUCGCCGAUACCUCAGCAGCCGCCGCCACCGUGGUCGACAUCCCUUUCCCUCAAAACACUGUCCCCGGAAUCCCCGUUGGCAUCGAAAGCACCGACAAGCUCUCUUCCCUCGACCUCUUCUUUCCCUUCACCAUCUCCACCGAGCACAUGCAACCCGACUUCGGGCGGGCCCUCCAGACGCUUCCACGUGUCAGCUUCUUGGUCUCCGACUCCUUCUUCUGGUGGACCGUCGUCUCCGCCGCCAAGUUCGGCUUCCCCAGAUUCGUCUUCUACGGUUUCGCUAACUUCCCCAUGGCAGUGGGCAAAGUCGUCGCCGAGAACCGGCUCCUGGAGGGGCCCGAGUCGGACACCAAGUUAAUCACGGUGACUCAGUUUCCUUGGAUCAAAAUUACCAAAAAGGACUUCCAUGAAUCUUUUAGAGACAGUAGCACUGAUGCUGCUCAACACUUUUGA